AUGGAGGUACCACCGCGUGUGCCAGCGGAGGAGAGGAACCUUAGGUGCCCGCGCUGUGAGUCCACCAACACCAAGUUCUGCUACUAUAACAAUUACAACUUCGCGCAGCCCCGCCAUUUCUGCAAGGCCUGCCGCCGCUACUGGACCAGGGGCGGCUCCCUCCGCAACAUCCCCGUCGGCGGCGCCUCCCGCAAGAACACCAAGCGCAGCGCCGCCACCGCCUCCUCGCAUAACAAGCGCUCCGCCCACCACGCGGCCACCUUUCCGGCCGCCGUCCCAGCGCCGCCGCCGCUUGACGUCCUGAACAUGGAGCCCGUCUCCUCUCUCCAUGCCUCCGCCGCCGAUAUCGACCGUCUCAUGCUGAACACGACGGGGAGCUUCACCGCCCUUCUCUUCUCGGAGGCCCAGUUCGGAAAUCUUCUGGGCAGCUUCCACGAGGAGGCACCGGAAUUGGGCACCUUCGAUCUUCGCAGCUCCACAUACAGCGCCGCCGCGGCGCUGCCACCGCGAAAGGUGCCGCAGCCAGAAGAUUUUCUGGCCUAG